AUGAGUUACGAGGACACUCACUCAUACACGAACGAAAAGCCGCAAUCCAUGGUUCUAGGACACGAACGUCGUAGUUCUGAAAAUGAUGGAGGUUUUAGGCCAAGCUUUAAACAAAAGUUCCGCGUGCCGCUAGCGAAGCAGAUCAUCACCCAGAUUCUCAACGAGAGAUUGGAGAGAGCCAUCUAUGACAAAGAUCAAGCCCCUCUUUGGGCUCGUGAAAUUGCGGAAGAAAUUAAAUUCAAGUUAUUGGGUAAAUCGGUUUUUGUCAGGCACGAGUCGCACCAUUUUGGUUACGUUGCGUAUUAA